AAAUGAAACAGAACAUACGCCAGCCCUGGUCGUCGCGGUACGUGAGACAAAUGCACAGUGUUGUUAAGCGCCAGUACAUGGAGACGGCGUGCGUGUGUGCAAAUGUUUUAUUCCGAUCCGAAUGUGUGUGAUGUAAAUUAAAAGUCUUUCUUAUUUCGCAUUUAAAAUAGAUGUAGCUGUGCUGAUACUCGAGUCAUAUUUUCACUGAGAAUUAAUUCACAUAUCGAACAAAAACACGACGUUUUUUUAUUUACUUCAACAAUAAUAUAUACAUUCACGUUUAUACUAUUGUUACACAAGAAAACCCAAAUAGACUUAAAAUCUUGUUGUUGCCUUUAUUGCCCCCCUCGAGACAAACACAUAACGAUACGAAUCGAAACGGUAUUAUGAGCAUUUGGAGUGUGAGAUGUUUGUGUCAAAAGUUCUGUCGACAGGCGCACAUAUUAGCCAGCAGACGAAUCAUACAACCCGUACAUCGACUUCCCCAACUGAUAAAUGGCAUCAGCCGGCCGGCACACAACAGUUUGUAUCAAAUGGUAAAAAAACGUACGCUUGAGGCACGCUCUAAAUUACAAGCCAAUAAGUAUCCGAAUCAGAAUGCCUGCAUGAAAGUGGCCCAAAGUGUGGAAUUCGUACCCGAUAUGGAUGACGAUGUUGGAGCAGUCACAACUGCUUCCAAUAUGCAGAGCCCGCCCAUCAACUUCACUGCCGCAUCUGCUGUCAUACAAGAACCACAAUUUCGCGUGGGCUAUGCGGACACCCGACCGUCAUCCACUGCCCAGGAGGUAUUGAAGUCUUCUCAGUGCGAGAAACCGCCAGCGCUGGCCGUGGACAAAUCUGAUGACAUAUGCAAAGAUCCUUGCGAAGAAUUCCAUCGCCUGCGCCGAGAGACAACUAUUGCACGUGGCGGCGGCGGGGAUGCAUGCGGUGGGGGUGGCGAGGACGAUGAUAAAAAGAAGGCGGAAGAGAAGCUGAAACAACUAAAGCUACGAUGCAUCCUUGGUGCAUUGGCGGCACUUGUAGCCGGAGGCCUCUUCGCUUGGCUUUGGUCACGUCAGAACAAGGACGGGGCGGGCGAUGGCGAGAGCCCAGAGGAUGCUUUAAAGCGAGCCAAAAUCUCUGGAUUCAUCACAACACCUAGCAGCUCAGAUAAACUUCCCGCGCAUGUUCCUUACUUGAUUGUGGGCGGCGGCACUGCCGCCUUCUCCGCGUUCCGCGCCAUCAAAUCGAACGACGCCAAGGCCAAGGUUUUGAUGAUCAGCAAUGAGUUUCGCAAGCCAUAUAUGCGCCCACCCCUAUCCAAGGAGCUUUGGUAUACACCAAAUCCGAACGAGGAUCCCAUUAAGGAUUAUCGCUUUAAGCAGUGGACAGGCUCGGAGCGCAGCUUGUACUUUGAGCCAGAGGAAUUCUUUGUGGACCCGGAGAAGUUGGACGAAAGCGUGAACGGCGGCAUAGCCGUAGCUCAAGGUUUUGCCGUUAAGAAGGUGGAUGCAGAGAAUCGUAUUGUGACACUAAGUGACGGUUAUCAAAUCACUUACGAUACGUGUUUAAUUGCCACCGGCUGCUCGCCCAAGAAUCUGCCCAUGUUCCGCGACGCCCCGCCCAGUGUGCAGGAGAAGAUCAUGGUCUAUCGCACGCCAGAUGACUUUGAUCGUCUGCGUCGCUACGCGCUGCAGAAGCGCUCGAUUACGAUUGUCGGCAAUGGGUUCGUUGGCAGCGAACUAGCUUGUUCGCUGGCCCACUACUCCAAAGAGAACAACGGAGGCAAGGUGUACCAGGUGUUCCAGGAGAGCGGCAACAUGUCCAAGGUGCUGCCCAACUAUCUGAGCGAGUGGACAACCCAGAAGAUGAAGGCGCAGGGCGUCUGUGUGAUAACCGACGCCAGCAUACGCACGGCCACGCGGGACGAGUCCCAGCUGAAGCUGGAGCUGAACAAUGGCAUGUCUCUGCUAACCGACAUCGUGGUUGUCUGCGUGGGCUGCUCGCCAAACACGUCAAUGGCUGGCGCCUCGAAACUGGAAGUCGAUCGUAGCCUGGGUGGAUUCGUGGUAAACGCCGAGCUGGAAGCACGUCGCAAUUUGUUUGUGGCCGGUGAUGCGUCCUGUUUCUAUGAUCCGCUGCUGGGACGCAGACGUGUCGAGCAUCACGAUCAUUCCGUGGUUUCCGGCCGUCUAGCCGGCGAGAAUAUGACUGGAGCGAAGAAACCGUACACCCAUCAGAGUAUGUUCUGGUCCGAUCUGGGCCCAGAGAUUGGCUACGAGGGCAUCGGCCUGGUGGACUCCUCGCUGCCCACCGUAGGUGUCUUCGCAAUACCCUCGAACAACGAUAAGCGAGCGGAUAGCCAUACUGAGGUGCGUGCGGAUGCAAAUGCUGAUGAACAGCUGAAAACGGCUACCGGACCCGAGAUGAGCUGCGAUCCCAGCGAGGAGCCGAACUAUGGCAAGGGCGUUAUCUUCUAUCUGCAGAACGAAAAAAUUGUUGGCAUUUUAUUGUGGAAUCUAUUCAAUCGUAUUGGACUGGCGCGUACGAUAAUCAAUCAGAACAAAAGCUACGAUGAUCUCAAUGAGGUUGCCAAACUUUUUGAGAUACACGCGUAAUACUAGUUAGGGAUGUGCUCGAGAGA